CACAUUUCUGCCUGUCAGAGCUGAGCCGUCCAGUCUCUCUCGGAGGAGAGUGGAGCUCUUUGUAGGAAGACACGAGCUUACUAAAGGAGCCAACGGGUGGGCUGCAGUUUUGUCAACGAGUUUAUUUUUUGAGAUAUGAGUCAGCGUAACAAAACAUCCAAGCUUGCCAGCUAGUGGUGUGUGAUCUGGAGGGAGAGGAAAGGACAGCAGAGAACAUGGAGCUGUCAGAUGGCUUGUUGCUGCAAGUCAACAAUGGAGAGCAGUGGUGUAACCGAUGGAAACAUCCCAACGAUGACUCGGACCGCAGCACCAGCCCCUCAGUCCUGCGCUGUGUUGCCAGCACGUGGAAGGAGGGCCUGCUGAACAGAAAGAGGCCCUUUGUGGGCCGCUGCUGUCACUCCUGUACACCACAAAGCUGGGAGAAACUGUUCAACCCCAGCAUUCCAUCUUUGGGACUGCGCAAUGUCAUCUACAUUAAUGAGACUCACACCAGACAGCGGGGCUGGCUUGCGCGCAGGCUGAGUUAUGUGCUGUUUGUGAUGGAAAGAGAUGUCAACAAGGACAUGUUCACCAGGAACGUAGUGGACAACGUGCUCAACAACAGCAGGGUUGAGAGCUCUAUUGUGAAGGUAGCCACAGAUUUGGACGCUGCAGCCCCCCAGCCUGGCCAGGAGCACAAAGCAGUCAGUAAAGUGAAGCAGAAAGCCAGGGCCUUCCUUCAGGAGAUGGUGGCCAACAUUUCACCAGCCUUUAUCAGGCUGACAGGAUGGGUCCUCCUGAGGCUCUUUAAUGGUUUCUUCUGGAGCAUCCAGAUCCACAAGGGCCAGUUGGAAAUGGUCAAGAAAGCAGCUACAGAGCAAAAUGUGCCCAUGGUCUUCCUCCCUGUUCACAAAUCCCACAUUGACUACCUGCUCAUCACCUUGAUCCUGUUCUGUCACAACAUCAAAGCCCCACACAUCGCUGCUGGAAACAACCUCAGCAUCCCUAUCCUCAGCACCCUUAUCCGUAAACUUGGAGGAUUCUUCAUACGACGGAAAAUGGAGGAGACGGGGGACGGGAAGAAAGACAUUUUGUACAGAUCACUCUUACAUGCAUAUACAGAGGAGUUGUUGCGUCAGCAGCAGUUUUUGGAGGUCUACCUGGAGGGUACCCGCUCCCGCAGCGGUAAGCCAUCCACAGCGCGUGCAGGCAUGCUGUCCAUCGUGGUAGACACAAUGUGCACUGGCUCGAUCCCGGACGUGCUGGUUGUGCCAGUUGGCAUCUCUUAUGAUCGUAUUAUUGAGGGCAACUACAAUAGCGAACAGCUGGGUAAACCUAAGAAGAAUGAGAGUUUGUGGGGUAUAGCAUGUGGAGUGUUCAGGAUGCUGAGGAAGAACUACGGUUGUGUUCGUGUUGACUUCAACCAGCCCUUCUCCCUAAAGGAGUACCUGGACAGCCAGAGAAGUCGCCAUAUUCCACCAGCAGUUUCCCUUGAGCACACGUUGAUGCCGAUCAUUAUUUCUGCGCAACCUGAUGCUCAGCUGUUUGAGGGGCAGGAGGAGGAGCAGCUGAACAGAGAGCUGCCCGAUGACAUCUUAAGACGACAACUUAUUAACAACCUGGCCAAGCAUGUGCUCUUCACGGCAAAUAAGUCAUCAGCGAUCAUGUCCACCCACAUUGUAGCCUGUCUGCUGCUGUACAGACACAGACAGGGGGUGGUGCUCUCCAAACUGGUGGAAGACUUCUUCAACAUGAAGGAGGAGAUCCUGUCUCGUGACUUUGAUCUGGGCUUUUCGGGGAACUCGGAGGAUGUGGUCAUGCGCGCUCUUCACCUGCUGGGAAACUGCGUCAAUGUGACCAGCAGCGCAAAUCGCAAUGGAGAGUUCACCAUCGCACCCAGCCAAACUGUGCAGGCGCUUUUCGAACUCAACUUCUAUAGCAAUGGCCUUUUCCAUGUCUUCAUUUCUGAUGCACUCAUUGCCUGCAGCAUCCUGUCACUGCAGCGAGAGCUGAUCGCAGAAUCAGAGUCUGACCACCUUCCUGGUGGUCCACACAGCCUCCCUCUCAGUCAGGAGAGACUCAUCCGCAAGGCCGCUGGGCUCUCUCACUUCCUAAUCAAUGAGGUUUCAGUGGCACCACCCUGUCAGACUAUUUACCAGGUUUUUCACGAUGCAGUGACCCGGCUGAUCCAGUAUGGAGUUCUCUACAUAGCAGAGGAGGACCAAGAGGAACUGAGUCCCAGCCCCACAGAUGAACCUUGGCCCAAAAAGUUCCCCGAACCCCUUUCCUGGAGAAGCGACGAGGAGGACGAGGACAGUGACUUUGGAGAGGAGCAGAGAGAUCGCUACCUGAAGGUGAGCGUUUCAGCAGAACACCAGGAGUUCUUCGUCUUCCUACAGCGACUAGUCAGCCCAGUGCUGGAGGCCUACAGCGGCGCUGCCAUCUUUGUCCACAGUCUGAGUCAGCCCAUGGCUGAGUCCGACUACACCCAGAGGCUCUUCAGAUACCUGCUCACCCGCACAGAGAGAGGAGUGGCUGCUUAUGGUGAAAGUGCGACCCAUUAUCUGGUUAAGAACACAGUGAAGACAUUCAAAGAGCUUGGGGUUUUGAAACAGAGACGAGAGAACCAGGUGACGACUCUGGAGCUGAGCAGCACCUUUCUACCUCAGGCCAAUCGGAACAAACUCCUGCAGUACAUCUUAGGAUUCACCCUGCUGUGAUCGACACACCUUUCAGCCCAGCUCAGACCCCAGGCUCCUUCCAAUAAAGGGCUUCUACUGGUUACUUCUAAACAAUCCCAGGUGCUACUCUGUGGAAAGCUUUACCAGGAAGUGCCUUCAUGUAACAGCCGCUAACUGUUAGCUGUUAGCCGGAAGAGACUUGAAGCCAGUCUUCCCUUUUGUUCCAGUCUCUGACUCCCCUGUCUUAGAGCUGUGCAGCAGAUAAAACACAUGUAUCUUUCUCUGAAGAGGAGUCAUCUUCUCUUUGUGAACUUUGCCGGUGAAGUCAUGAGGUUUUAAUAUAAUCAAAAUUUUAAACUAUCAGAAAAUGUACUCAAGCAGGUUAGUAAAUAAGAAUCACUUUUACAGCAAUCAGAACAAAGCAAGCUGCCUUUUGUCUAUACAAGUAAACAAGCAAAAUAUGCAUAGAAAAUAAUGAUGAACAUAACCAACAACAAAGCAUUUUUAUGUUAACUUUGCUUGUUUUGUUUAACUGCUGUAAUAUUUUCGUUGCAUUCCACUAUCAUACAGUAGAACAUGUCAAAAUGUAGAUUCAUUUUGAAAAGAAAUUCCUGUACAUAGGCCACAAGAACAAUGUCUCUCAUAUGUAGUGAAUUUAAAUACAUGCAUUCUCAAAUUUCAUAAUGCAGGAACAUUAGAUGGAAAGAUAUCUCCUGCAAAAUGCGUACAUAUCCAAAUUUUCAUUUUUUCAGCAAAACAAAAUGUCAAAAUCUAAUCCUCUAAUCCUCAUAGACAGCUUCGGUCAGUAAUACUGCACAGUUUAAGAUAUCAAAAUCUAAGCAGCAGAACCGUUCAGUCAUACUAAAUGAUCUUCAUGGCAAAGGCAAAAUGUGAAAGUUGAAAGUCCUGCGCAGUCAAAGCCUCAAAUCACAAACAUCUACAGUUAAGUGCAUUCAAACCACUAAUAUCUAAGUGCAUUCAGUCACACUUUUCAUCAUGGUUUUUGAUGAAAAGUGACUUUGAUCUCUGUUUGCGUAACACCUUUUUCACUUGUCAAUGAAUGUUACAUAGCACAGCUCUUAAAAUACUUAAUACCAGCCAUCACAUUCACUUAAGUCCAAAUGCAACAAGCUCAGAAGCUCCUCAGUCAUGCCUUUCAGGGAAAGCUGACAUUUGUGAUAACCACCAUUUUUUCCUGUAUUAUACACUGUAUACAAGCCGUUUAAGCAUCACCGCUGAGAGGGCAAUUUUGCUCCAAUGUUUGGGCAUUUGCAAAACAGAGGAACUGCAUAGGGUGGUAAAAAAUAAAUGGUACAUAUCCUCUGUGCAGCGCAUCUGAACAAAAGGUCACGUCUCUAAAAGUUUGCUCUCUGUCGUACUGUUCAAGAAGGAAUGUCGUUCUCAUUUGUUUACUUUUAAAUGCAGACUGCUGUAAGGGGCAGCAAUGUUUCUGAAAAUAAUCACCCUUAACUGACGGGUUCUUGUUUUUUUUUCCUGGUUAAAGCAGUGCUUCACUUCAACUGUUCUGCACCACCUCUCUUACAUUCACAACGUCACAGUCUGAAAAUGUUCUAUAAACACACUUACCACCAAGCAGAUCAUUUCAGUUUUUGUUCUGAAAUGCACUUGUCAAAAGAAAUGUUGUCAGACAGGUUGGGAAUAAAAACUGUGUGGUAACAGAAUGUGUUGAUCAUGAAAAUCAAAAAAUGGCCCAAAAAUACCAAACAUCAGUAGAAUUAUUACCUGAUAGUGAAACCUCACUGCACAGAUCCUGUGCAUUUAGCUGCAGAACAUUUACCAGCUUUCAUUUUUACUGUAACAUAACACAACGGGACAGGUCUUAGGUGCGUUUUUUUUCUAAAUGUAAAGACAUUUUGCAUUGAAUAUAAAUGUAGAAUAUCUAUGUUAAAGGUGUACUAUGCAGGAUUUUCUGAAACCAUGUCAGACAAAAAGAAUCCCUCUCAGUUUUCAUUUAGAACCAACUAGAACUGUGUGGUGCUGUCUGUACCUGCAGAGACCCUACCCCCUGCCUGUAAUUCCUAUUUCCUUUCAUUUUACUGUGUUGGGGUGUUGUGGGUGUCACCCUUUGGCCCAAAAGUUAUAAGAAAAGCAGACAGGUCAAACGACAAGUGUACAACCUUGUUCCAAAAAAGCUUGUGUUUGCUUUCACUUUGAGCCGGGGAGGAGGGGCCAAGCUCUUUUUUUUUUUUCUCGUUUACAAAAAGUUAGCAGCAAUUUCUGCAUAAUAUACCUUUAUUGGUGCAAGAGUGCACACAACUGAUAGGAAAAAGUGUGUUCCGAAAGGUCAGAGCAAGUUUGAUGAUAAUCAUUACCUAGACUGAAAAUGUGAAGACAGUAUGAAUGUUAAAAGAACAACAUUCUUGAUCUGUCAGGGCAAUAACAUAAAUGGGCAACCGGGUGUCUGCUGGUACACGUUCAAAUUGAUAUUUAUACUGAAGGACUUGUUGACAGUAAUCAACAACGCUGCUUGUUAAAAUUAAUUUAAAUGCUUUUUGUCAGCUUUAUUUGAUAAUAUAAACCUGCAUAUUUUCAUGCAGUUUUUCAAAUCCAUGUAUCCCUGAAAUGGAAACUUGUGGAGGAUCGUUGAGCGACACCCAUAGCAUGUUGAAGAGAAGAGAGAAGUAUGUCAUUUAAAUGUGAUGAGAGUGAUUUUCAUUCAGAGCAUUUCUGAGCCCACAAUCUGUGUAAAGUCCCCACGCAGAGGGACCCCUCCGCCAAGAUAAAACCACUCUACGUACUGUACUGCAUGUUUCCUCUGGUCGCCUUCAAUCAUCGA